CCCUCCUCUAAUCUCUUCCAUAGAUCAAUACCGUCAUUCGUUCACAUUCCUCCUUGCGUCCUGGUCUCCUUCAGCAGGCUCUGAACACCGCCCUCGUCGAACCUCUGGGCCUCCCGACACUGGCUGCCACGCGCCCGCACCCACCUCCACACCGGCCAUGUCAGGAUACUCAAGUCUCACCGGGCGCGAGCGGUCGCGAUGGCCGCCGCUGACGCGUAUGCUCAUGUCCGGCGAGAUGUCGGACGAGAAGCCACGGCCGCUGUUCCUCAAGGAGAAGAUUGAGGUGUGGAUGGUGAAUGAGGGUUAUCGGAGAUUAUUCGUAUUUACUUUCUUAAUAUUGCAUGUCAUGGUCUUCGUCUUCGGCAUGAUCAACUACGGCCUAACAGAAAAAUCCAUCGGAGCCCGCCAAAGCUUCGGUGCCACCUUCCCCAUCGCCCGCUCCGCCGCCCUCGUCCUCCACGUCGACGUGGCCCUCAUCCUCUUCCCCGUCUGCCGCAACCUGAUAUCGAUAGCGCGCCGCACCCCGCUCAACGGCGUCAUCCCCUUCGACAAGAACAUCACCUUCCACAAGCUCGUGGGGUGGUCCAUCUUCUUCUUCUCCUGGGUCCACACCAUCGCCCACUGGAACAACCUCGCCCGCUUCGCCGCCGCCAACCGCCUCGGCUUCAAGGGCUUCAUCGGCGCCAACCUGCUCACCGGCCCCGGGUGGAGCGGCUACAUCAUGCUCAUCGCGCUGUGCGCCAUGGUGUGGACGGCCAUGGAGAAACCGCGGCGCGCCAACUUCGAGCGCUUCUGGUACACGCACCAUUUAUUCGUCGUCUUCUUCGUCUUCUGGUCCAUCCACGGCGCCUUCUGCAUGAUCAAGCCCGACUUCGAGCCCCUUUGCGACGGCAUCGGCGUCUUCUGGCAGUACUGGAUGUGGGGCGGGUUCGCGUACUUGGGCGAGCGCGUGUCGCGCGAGCUGAGGGGGCGACACAAGACGUUCAUCUCCAAGGUGGUGCAGCACCCGAGUAAUGUGGUGGAAGUGCAGAUCAAGAAGGAACAUACCAGGACGAGGGCCGGGCAGUACAUUUUCCUGUGCUGCCCCGAGGUGAGUAUCUGGCAGUACCAUCCUUUCACCCUGACGAGCGCGCCCGAGGAGGACUACAUCUCGGUGCACAUACGCAUGGUGGGCAACUUCACAAAGGCCUUUGGCAAAGCUUUGGGCUGCGAGCUCGACCGUAAGGGUGGGGGUGGAGGUAAAGACUCCAAGGAAAAACCCAGCGGCGACCCGCAAGACGUGGCCCUCCGCAAGAUCCUCCCGCGCGUCUACAUCGACGGGCCCUUUGGCUCCGCCUCCGAGGACGUCUUCAAGUUCGAAAUCGCCGUCCUGGUCGGCGCGGGCAUCGGCGUGACGCCCUUCGCCUCGAUCCUCAAGAGCAUCUGGUACCGCAUGAACUACCCGCAGGGCAGCCGGACGCGGCUGCGGAAAGUCUACUUCUUCUGGAUCUGCCGGGACUUUGGCAGUUUCGAGUGGUUCCGCAGUUUGCUGCUGGCGAUUGAGCAGCAGGAUUUGGAGGAUUGUAUUGAGAUCCAUACGUACCUCACAGCCAAAAUCAAGCCCGACGACGCGACCAACAUCAUGAUCAACGACGCCAACGCCGACGUCGACGCCAUCACGGGCCUGCGCAGCCCGACCAACUUUGGCCGCCCCAACUGGGACAUGAUUUUCAAGAGCAUCCGCAAGAUCCACAGUCCCGCCGAGGCCGGCGUGUUUUUCUGCGGUCCCAAGGGAUUGGGGAGUACCCUGCAUGUCAAGUGUAAUAUGUAUAGUGAGCCUGGGUUUAGCUUUGUGUGGGGAAAGGAGAACUUUUAGAUGGAGGGUGAGAAGGGGAGGGGGUGUUUCUGUGUGUGUGGUUGGGGGUGGUGGUGGUGGAUAGAUGAUACCAGGCCGUGGAGCGGCUUCACCCCUUUUUUACCUACCUUUUUCGUUCGGGC